UUCGCUUGACAUUCCACUCUGCAACUUUUGGCUUGACCUAACACCACUGCGUCCCCCUGUCCCAUUCGCUCUCGUUGCUGUCGAAAGCAACAGCGAAACCCUUGCUGCCCGUGGAAAUCCGCUGUCCAGGGUUUUGGAGCGAGAGGUCUUUGUCCCGCAGCCGACGUUCCCGCUUACCACAACUUGCCCUGCUUUGAUCGUCGGGGAUCGCUGAAGUUCCUCACUUUGGGUGCGGAGCCCUAGCGAUAUACAGACCCUUGUGCGCUCGUCGAGUCGGCAGGGUUCCACAAUCUUGGACGCUGGUAUUGGGUUUGUCCCGCCUCGCUCUUGUUCUCGUCGGCCUCGAGGAUGUACAGAACCGGUCCACAGGAACAGGGCAACGUUUACGUUCCGCACACCUUUGACCGACAGCUCCCCCCGCUAAAUUUUGGUCAACCCAGCUCUUCCCAUUAUUUCUCAAGAUCGACGUCCUCUGCUCUCGGGGACGCUUGCCAACCACGAUCUUUAUCGUCCACGCGCCAUAGCUCUGUUGAAACUUACACUCGCCCACAAGCUCCUGUUGCGACCUCCACGACCUCCUCUGACUCUCCUCCAGUGUCUGAUGUCCCUCCCGUUGUUCCAUCGAUGAAUACCAACGACUCGGGCUCUCACACCCCUUUCGCAACAUUCUUUCACCCAGGCAGUGCGGACAGCACUGAUUUCAUAAACAAGCCAAUGUACUUCGAAACAGGUCAAUUCGCGGGUCGGACGAUGAGAGCCGAACUCGUCGAGAUCCAGAAGGCCGAUUUGGGAAGAAAGUAUGCGAGGGUGGACAGGAGACCUCUCGAUCCACCUCCCGUGGUUCAAUACAAACUGUUUGAAGUUCAAGAGGACGGGAUUGAAAGGGAGGUCCCGAAUUACGAGGCAAUUGAUACACCCGGCCUUCUGUGCACCGUCGAUCUGUACCCUGUCCCUCCCCCCGCAAAGGAAUCGUUGGCGAAUGCGAGUGGAACUGGAAGUCCAGGUCCUUCCAGAAGCGCCACCGACCCGCAUUCGCGAAGAGGGUCGAUCUCGCCUCAUCGUCAGCACGCACUGCCGCCUCCUUCGACGUCGUCGUAUGCCAGUUCCCCGAGUCAAUCAACUAGCCCUGUCGCUGCUACCGCUAUCGAUCCCCUUUUGCAAGUGGAUCCGAAACCUACCGACCAGGUCCUGUGGUACAUCAACAACUUCCCUAUCAUGAAAAGCUCGGUCAGCACCACUUCCUUGGUUGGCGCCACCGUCGUUCAACCAAAUCUGGUGGAAUACCGAGGGAAGAAGACGUUGGUUUUCGUCUUUGCGGAUCUGGCUGUUAAAAAUGAAGGAUACUUCAUCCUUCGAUAUAGCGUUUUUGAUAUCUAUGGGAGCCCGAGGGGGAGUCCGGACGGUGUGCGGGUGAUGCAGGCUGAAUGUUUUGGUGGCCCGUUCCGUGUGUUCUCGACGAAGGAGUUCCCUGGUCUUCAAGCGUCUACUGAGCUUACGAAGCACCUCGCACGAUGGGGCGUCCGCCUCAACAUCCGAGAAAACGAGCGAAGGAGGCGGAAGAAGCGGGAUAUGACACCGCCUGACGAGCGCAGCUCGCCGUAUACCACCACUGCGCUCAACCUUAAACGCAAAAGUCGGCAUCCUUAUGAUGAUGAGGACGAAGACGACGACUAG